AUGACUGCUGAUAAAUUCAUAUUUCACAAGAACUGUUUCUGCUGUAAGCACUGUCAGAAGAAGCUCAGGUAAGCUCUGCUCAACAGUAUAAACUAAUCAAACUCAUCGUCCAUCUUGAUUAUUCACCCAACCCUUGGUGAAUGUAAAUUCAUCAUCCACAGUCAAUUGUCAACGGGGACUCAAUCUGUCUGUCUGUCUGUCUGUCUGUCUGUCUGUUGUGUGUGUGUGUGUGUGUGUGUGUGUGUGUGUGUGUGUGUGUGUGUGUAGCAUGCACAGCUAUGCUCCGCUGUAUGGGGAGUUUUACUGUGUAUUCCACUACCAGCAGCUGUUCAGGAGGAAAGGGAACUAUGAUGAGGGCUUUGGCCACACCCAACACAAAGACCGCUGGCUGCAGAGAACCAACGAGACGCCG